AUGCAUCCUCACCGCAACAGCACGGGAGGCAGACCGCCUCGGCACUUGAUGACCGCCCGCAAGUCCACUGGUGGCAUGGCUCCGCGCCUCCAACUUGCGCAUCGCCCAUUGACAGGCAUGACCGCUCGCAAGUCAGCGACCGUUGCUGGUGUACAUCCGCGCAAGUUAUCGGACAUCGUCAAGUCGGAACAACGUGACGACAGAGAAUAUCUCAAUCGGAUGGGCUCCCUGGACGAUGUUACCAAGCUCGUGAUGAAUACGCUCGCUAUGAAGGCAGAGAUGGAGAGCUCGCCAAAAGUCCAAUGA